AUGAUGGACAAAGAUGUCGAGGCCACUACGAACGCCGCCGAGCUUUCUUCUGCCGACAGAAUGCGUCCAAUAUCCGAUGCAGAGAAGCAGACUGGCGACGGCGACGCUGAAGCUGGAGAGGUCAAGGUUCCCGUCCAGGUCAAUCCCAUGGACCCUUCACAGUUUCCCGACGGAGGUGCCAAAGCAUGGACUGUAGUAUUCGGAGCAGCAUGUGGCCUGGUUGUCAGUUUCGGCUGGAUCAAUUGCAUCGGUGUCUUCCAAGAAUAUUACGAAACCCACCAACUCAAAGAAUACAGCUCCCAAGAAGUCGCAUGGAUCCCCAGUUUAGAGGCGUUCAUGAUGUUCGUCGGCGGACUGUGGGUUGGACGAAUAUAUGACAACUACGGCCCCCGCUCCCUCCUCCUCACCGGCACAUUCUUCCACGUCUUCGGGCUCAUGAUGGCAUCCAUCUCGACAACAUACUACCAAUUUUUGUUAUCUCAAGGCGUCUGCAGUGCCCUCGGCGCAUCCAUGAUUUUCUACCCAUCCAUGUCCGCCGUCGUGACAUGGUUUUUCCGCCGGCGCGCAUUAGCUCUGGGUAUCACCGCAUCAGGCUCGUCCCUCGGCGGCGUCAUUUUCCCCAUCAUGGUCGAAAGACUGAUUCCACAAGUCGGGUUCGGAUGGACGAUGCGCAUCUGCGCCUUUUUGAUUCUCGGUCUGAUGGUCGUCGCGAAUCUCACUAUUGUCAGUCGGAUCCCGCCGCGGCCGACACCGGUGCGCCCAAAAGAUUUCGUCGUGCCCUUUAAGGAGGUCUCGUUUUCGUUGUUGGCUCUAGGGAGUUUUUUGACCUUCUUGGGCCUCUUCCUCCCAUUCACAUUCAUAAUCGUCACCGCCCGCGCCCGCCACGUCUCCCCUCACCUGCAAAAAUAUCUCGUCUCCAUCCUCAACGCCGCAUCCACAUUUGGUCGUACAAUUCCACCCUUUUACGCCGACCGAGUCGGCAGAUUCACCGUCUUUUUGUCAAUGUCAUUACUCUGCGCCUUGAUCACACUAUGUCUCUGGCUUCCGGGGUCAGGCGAGGCCGCCACAAUCGUCUUUGCCGUACUCUACGGAUUUGGAUCCGGUGCCGUGGCAAGUAUUUUGCCUGCAUGUAUCGCGCACAUUUCGCAUAUCCAUCAAAUCGGUGUCAGGACGGGUGUUCUGUUCAGUGUUGUUGCGAUUGCUGUCUUGAUCGGCAGCCCGAUCGGUGGUCAGUUGAUAACUAAUAGAGGGUAUAGGUCCAUGCAGGGGUUUAGUGGUGGGAUGUUGGCCGCUGGCUUUGGUGUCUAUUUGGUGCUGUGGCUUAGGUUGGGCGGGUUGAAGAGGGAUGGGAAGAAAGUCUAG